AUGGACCCCCUUAACGCUCAGGAGCUGGUGCCAUGUAACUUGUGUGAGACUUCUAUAGUGCAGAUGCACUGUGUUACGUGCUUUGUCCAAUUAUGUAAGGCCUGUGUGGGAGAACAUAUCUCAACUGAUGAAUCGAAGAAUCACAAAGUGGUGAAAUUUGAGUCCAGAAAUUCCACUCCUCUUUUCCCUCCUUGUGCCUCUCAUGGAAAAGAACAAUGCGAGAUGUACUGUAGACAUUGUGAUGUCCCGGUUUGUCACACUUGCUUGGGUUCUGGAAAACAUUUUAGUCAUAAGUUAUCGAAAAUCGUAGACGUUCUGGAUGAAAAGAAAAACUUGAUAAGAAAAGAACACAAUGAAUUAAAUAAAACAAUUUAUCCCACCUACCAGAACAUAGCAGUUGAUGUACAAAAGACAAUCAGUCAAUUAGAGACGGAAUAUGGAGAUCUCUCAACAGCCGUAACAAAAUAUGGAGCGAACUUGCAUAGAGAAAUUGACCAACUUGCCAGGAAACUCAUCACCCAACUUGAUGAAAUGAAAACCUUACAGUUACAAACUUUAAAGACACAGCUAGGUGAAAUAAACAAAACUAUUGCUGACAUUAAAGAUGAAAUGGAUUCCCUUGAUAUUGCUGUAGACUCCAAUGACAUUUCAAAACUAUGCAGCGUAAAAUCACGUUUAAAUCAUUAUAAAAAUCUUCCCAAAAAGAUUUUGCCCUCCGUCCCUAAAUUUACUCCAGAGAAAAUCCAAAUAGAAGAAGUACGUAAACUGUUUGGGGCUUUAAAAUCAGAUUUCGAUCAAUCUGAAGAGCAUAGAUACAGUAUAAAGAAAACACAAAAAGUUCACGACGUUGAGUCUUCUUUAAUCGAUCAAACUUCGCCCGAAACUAGAUGUGUACCACCAGUUAAAAAGCUACAUGAGAAUCCAAAGUUUACUUCAAACGGUAUUACCUUUUCAGGCUCUCCUCUAAAUCUUGCUUGUUUGAAAAAUGACACCUUUUGGGUAUGUGGAGAUAGCAGUACCAUGGCACUAUACGAUGACAAUCAGCUCUCUCUACGAGACAGUUUCCAUCAGGAGCCUCCAAUCAAGAGAAUCACUACAAAGUCAGGAAAAAGACCAGCAGACAUAACUGUUUCAAGAAGAGGACGUCUCAUUUACACUGAUUACAAAAAUAGAACUGUGAACAUCGUGAAGAAUGAAAACAUAUUGAAGGUGAUCGAACUAAAGAACUGGAGACCCCAAGGUGUCUGCAGUACCUUUUCUGGUGAUCUGCUAAUCACCAUGGAAAGAGAUGACAACAAACAAUCACGAGUUUUCCGUUACUCUGGCUCUAAAGAAAAGCAGUCCAUUCAGUUUGAUAGUGAAGGCAAUCGUCUAUAUUCAUCUGAUGGAUCUCACAAAUACAUCUGUGAAAACAAUAACCUUGAUAUUUGUGUAGCUGACUCUGGAGGUCAAGCAGUAGUGGUGGUCAAUCACGAGGGUAUACUGAGAUUCAGGUACACUGGACAUACUCCUGCCCCAGAGAAUAAACCAUUUAGUCCUAAAGGAAUCACUACAGACAGUCAGAGCCAUAUACUUACAAGUGAUAGCAACAAUUACUGUGUUCAUAUCAUAGAUGAGGAUGGACACUUUCUGCGUUACAUAAACUGUGAGAAGUGUUCGAUAUCUGGGUUAUGUACAGAUACAAAGGACAAUCUGUUUCUUCUACGUUUCAAGAAAUUGAACUUUUUUCAGACUUUAAGCCACGUGACGAGAAUUAAAUACCUCGAAUGA